UGUCUGGGCUUGCGUUUUCUGUUUACAUAGACAUAAAUUAGCAUGCUAUGUAUAUACAGUAUAUUUAGUAUAUGUCUAUAUACUGGUAGUGGAUAUAUGGCCAGUGUUGACCAUUUUUAGACAUCCCUUGGUCAUUGUGUAAGCACAACAGGGAAAAAAACUUUUGUGUUUAUGUUUUUAACAAGGAUGGAGUUAUGUAUUAGGCCGUAUACAGAAAUGUGACUAGGUGGAUUUAGAAUGACGUUUGGAAGGAUUUUUGUUUUUCUUAGUCUUACAUCAGUGACCCACGGCUGGGACUACUGCUACUAUAACUAUUACAGUUAUAUCUAUAAGGAGCGCGAGGUUGGCCAGACCUAUUGCGACACCUCGUGUUGUGGUUCUUCUCACAAACGUCAUUGCUGUUCAUAUGAUGGUGCUAAAGCUGGGGCGAUUGUUGGCGGAUUGAUAUGUAUCGUAGUGAUUAUAGGUAUUCUAGCGUGUUGUUUAAAAUCUCAUUACUUUCGGUCAAGGAGAGCAGUCCGACCUCUACAACCCCAGGAUCAAGUUACAUCCGGGAACAUCACAAUCAUUCAAACACCAGCAAUGAUGGCAAUGCCACCGCCCUAUUCUAGUUACCAGACAAUUCCGAACGGCGUGCCCCCUGGUCCAGCUCCUCCCUAUCAACCCCCAACAAUGGCCCCUCCUGGUUACGUAGCGCCAUCUAGUGAUGUAGGACCACUUCACCCUCCUCCUUACACGGGGCCGCCUCCAAAGUACUGACAGGAUAUGUCGUCACUCAGAGCCUAAUUCAGGAUCACAGCCGGUUUUGAACAGCCGUACAGAGUAUCUGUCUGGAAAGGAACCUGCACAUUCGGACACUUGUGUAAACAACACAAUAUGUAUUGCCUGUUUACGUGUAUAACAUUUUAAGAAGAGAAAAUUAGAAACUCAGUUUAUUUUGAACUGAAAGCUGACAUCAGAGUGGGGUUCGAAUCACAGGGACUUGGCGCAACGCCCCAUCCCACGGUCCACAUAACUGUGUUAUAUAUAUUAAGUCCCUGUGAUUCAGAAGGUCGUUGUUGUGAUCUCGAAUGAGCUUAUAAUUCGAUAUGUACAACAGAAAUAGAAGGUUCAGGAAGAAGGUAAAAUGAUUGCUAUCUAUUAUGAUUCGUGGUGACUUCAUGUCGAUUUUGAAAAAAGGUGUUAUAAUAAAGUUCAUCGAUAUCAGUAUGGACUUUAACUAAUGAUUUGUCUGAUAUCAAAUAAAUGAAUAAAGAAUAAAAGAAAAACAAAAAUGGUCUCGUUGGUAAGGGAGACAACUCGUGAUUUGCCAGUCAUAGUAUUCUAUACAACUCGCUAUAUUUGGCUACUUCCCAGCGACACAACAGGCAUGUGUUUCUGGUUUGUAUUUCUAAAAAAAUGAUAUAGUAAGCGUAGGGGCUAAUAUUUGUUUUCAAAGAUACUAAUCAGAAGCAGCCGCCUUUGGUGACAUGAUCCAUAAUCGAAAAUCUGGUUUUAAAGAACUUUUAUUUAACGACUAAAUCAAAUGUGUUAAUUCCUCAAUUAACGCCUUUUGUUUCAAUGUAGGCGUGAUUUUGAUGUACAAUUUAAAGGUGCCAUCAAAGGGAAAAGUAUAUCAAUGAGCUUCCAAUGACUGUUAAUGGUAUACGUAUGACGUCACAUCGCCGACAGCGUACAUAUAUACAGAUUGUACUACUUCUCCCGAGAGUGUUUAAUAUGGCAGCCACGUAAAAGAUAUAGAUAAAAGUUAGACACAAAUGAAAGCGUGGUAAGAAUGAUAGUUAAGCGAAAAAUGUCAUUGAGGUGUUAUAACGUAUUUACCCUCUCUCAGUUUAAAGCUAAGAUUAGAAGUUCAAACUUCUUGAGAGUGGUAAUAGUGUUAAGUAUGUAACUUUUGGUAUUAUGUACAAAUACUCGAUCAGGCCUAUUAUUACACCUCAUGUACCAUCAGUAACAAACCCUUCUUAUCUUAGUGUAGCCAAAUAAAGUUAUCAGCUUUAAAGGGGUAUACGUUCUUUCGGACAUCAGAAACAUGCAAAAUUUCUAUUGAGGAAAUCCAUGUCCGAACAAUGAUGAUAUUAGUGUUUGGGUCUACAUGUAAUGAAAUUAACGCCGAAAUGUACAGGAACAAGGCGUAUCAUAUACCAAUACCGUAUGUCUUUUGUAUUCAGUGAUUCUUUGGAUCGAAUUAAGAAUUUUCAGGACUCAAUACUCGAAUGACUUUGGUCUAUCUUGUGAGUAAAACUGUCUAAUUAAUGUAAAGAUUAUAACUUUAACUAAGUACUUGGAAAAAGUACAUGUUUUCCAAUAAGUUUAAUUUUGACGACCUAAACUUUAUUCAAAUGAAGGAAUGCCUCUUUAACAUCAGUAACGUGACAGGUUGUUUAUUUGGUUGUUUACUUGUAUGUUUUGUUUACUUGUUUGUUUUAAAUGUACUUUUUUUUACCUGACACUACAAAACAAUCAAUCUCGGCCCGGAGCAAAGACUGUGCUAUAGUUUUUACGUCAGUAGCUUUGCUCAAGUCCGAGUUUGUUUCAGAAGCGGGAUGUACACUCUGUAAAACUAUAUGCGUCCUUUAUUUCAAUCGUUCUAUCAUCAAAGCUGAAUGCUGUGAUACCGUAAUCACUUUAUAUACAGAUAUGUAUAAUGAAUGAUUAAACAUAAAAUACAUACAAA